AUGGCGACGACAACUACAACGAUGCAGCGAAAUCCCAAGGACUCCAUCAAGUCAACGUGGCGACUGGAUUCUAAUAAAGAUGGCUGGACCAUGGCGCACCACUUCUUUGGCAUCCUCGACAUUCACCAGUCAGAUCUCAAUGUUCCUAUACCCGUGCACCAAAAGAGCGAACCCGUACCAUAUCUUCCUAACUGGCAGAUGAACGCCUUUAUUAUAUUCUGGGGCGCGCUGCCGCUCAUCGGCCACCAAGUCCUGCACAAUCUCACAGGGUGGAACAUGCAUGUCGCCGUUGCGUACGCCUACUACGGCGUCGCUAUUUCCGCAUUCGGCAUUCAUGAGCUUCGGAUGCUCCGGCGUCUUGGCCACCGCCACGGCUACCUCGACGGCGACAAGCACAGCCGCGACGAUGUGCCCGACGCCACGGUGAAGAAGGUGGCGGACUCGCUGCUGGCCGCCAUCACGUUCCGCCCGGCCGUCUUGAUCCUCCUUGCCUAUCGCAGCAACCUUGCCCCGAACUCCCUGAACCUGUACCUGCUGCCUCUACAGGCUGCCCUUUAUCCCAUCGUUACCGAUUUCUGGUUUUACUGGUACCACCGUCUGAUGCACGACAUCCCCUUCCUGUGGAGGUUCCACCGUACCCACCACCUCACCAAACACCCUAACGCUCUCCUGACCAUCUUCGCCGAUACCGAACAGGAGAUUUUCGACAUUGCUGUCAUUCCCUUCCUGGCCUUCUUUACAAUGAAACUUAUCGGUUUAGAGCUCGACUUUUACUCUUUCUGGAUGUGCCACAUGUAUGUGUGGUUCACCGAGCUCCUUGGUCACUCUGGUCUGCGUAUUCACUUAUACGCCGCCUCGCCCAUUUCAGGCCUGCUCAGCGAACUUGGCAUGGAACUGGCACUUGAGGAUCACGAUCUACAUCAUCGGACUGGCUGGAAGAGCAGUCAUAACUAUGGCAAGCAGUCUCGCGUGUGGGACACCAUUUUCGGUACAUGCACCGAUCGCAUCGAAUGCAAGGAGCAUAAUGUUAAUUACGACGACAUCGCUUCGUUCCCGCUAUUUUAG